GCCUGAGGGGCUGCAGACCCCGGCUCCCGGGAGCGCCGCGGCUGGCUCGGCUGUUCCAUGUGGCUCCGGCGGGGAUGCAGGACUCGGUGGCGGCGGCGGCGGCUGCUGCUGCGGCGGCGACGGAGGAGCGGCGCUGAGGAGGGAACCGGGCCAGACUCAGCCCGACAGCGGGAUUAGAGUCCUCCAGAAUACACAUCAUAUAACCCCCGAGGUGGAAUGGUGAUGUCUCCAUGAGGGAACCUCCUCUCACUCAUCCUGUGAUGUGUGUCAUACUGUUCUUGACUGGGCCAUUCAUCUAAGAUGUGAUUUACCCUGUGAAACAGGGAGAAGACUUAUGGACCCCAAACAUCAUUUCAAGUUGUAGUUGAGUUUUUUAAAGUACAGACAUACAUGCAAAGCUCCUUUGCUUUGGACCCUCUGCUUUGUUAAAGCUGCUGUGUUGCUAACCCAGAACUGCUCCACUGUUUUGACUGAUCAUCAUGGCUUCAGUUUGGAAGAGACUACAGCGUGUGGGAAAACACGCAUCCAAGUUCCAGUUCGUGGCCUCCUACCAGGAGCUGAUGGUUGAAUGUACCAAGAAAUGGCAACCAGAUAAACUGGUGGUGGUUUGGACGAGAAGAAGCCGAAGGAAGUCUUCCAAGGCUCAUAGCUGGCAGCCUGGAAUAAAAAAUCCAUACCGUGGUGUUGUAGUAUGGCCUGUUCCUGAAAACAUUGAAAUCACUGUGACACUUUUUAAGGAUCCUCAUGCAGAGGAAUUUGAAGAUAAAGAGUGGACAUUUGUCAUAGAAAAUGAAUCCCCUUCUGGUCGAAGGAAAGCUCUUGCUACCACCAGCAUCAACAUGAAACAGUAUGCAAGCCCAAUGCCAACUCAGACUGAUGUCAAGUUAAAAUUCAAGCCAUUGUCUAAAAAAGUUGUAUCUGCCACUCUUCAGUUUUCAUUAUCUUGCAUUUUCCUUCGGGAAGGAAAAGCCACGGAUGAAGACAUGCAAAGUUUGGCUAGUUUGAUGAGUAUGAAGCAAGCUGACAUUGGCAAUUUAGAUGACUUUGAGGAAGAUAAUGAAGAUGAUGAUGAGAACCGAGUGAACCAAGAGGAAAAGGCAGCAAAAAUUACAGAGCUUAUCAACAAACUUAGCUUUUUGGAUGAAGCAGAAAAGGACUUGGCCACUGUGAAUUUAAAUCCAUUUGGUGAUCCUGAUGUAGCAGAAUUAAAUCCAUUUGGAGAUCCUGACUCAGAAGAACAAAUCACUGAAACAGUUUCACCUAAAAAACCAGAAGAAUCCUUUUAUAAUAACAGCUAUAAUCCCUUUAAAGAGGUACAGACUCCACAGUAUUUGAACCCAUUUGAUGAGCCAGAAACCUUUGUAACUAUAAAGGAUUCUCCUCCCCAGUCUACAAAAAGAAAAAAUAUAAGACCGGUGGACAUGAGCAAGUAUCUCUAUGCUGAUAGUUCUAAAGCUGAAGAAGAGGAGUUGGAUGAAUCAAAUCCUUUUUAUGAACCUAAACCAACUCCUCCAAAUAAUUUGGUAAGUCCGGUUCAAGAACUGGAAACUGAAAGGAGAGUAAAAAGAAAAGCCCCAGCCCCACCAGCCAUCUCACCAAAGACAGGAGGAGUAAAUGAAAACACAGUUGUGUCUGCAGGAAGAGAUCUCUCCACUUCUCCUAAGCCGAGUCCUAUACCAAGUCCUGUUUUGGGACGAAAGCCAAAUGCUAGUCAGUCGUUGCUUGUAUGGUGCAAAGAAGUUACAAAAAACUACCGGGGAGUGAAAAUCACCAAUUUUACUACAUCGUGGAGAAAUGGUUUAUCUUUUUGUGCAAUAUUACACCACUUCAGACCAGAUUUAAUUGACUACAAGUCUCUGAAUCCUCAAGACAUUAAAGAGAACAACAAAAAGGCAUAUGAUGGAUUUGCCAGCAUAGGAAUUUCCCGGUUAUUGGAACCUUCUGAUAUGGUUUUAUUAGCAAUUCCUGACAAACUGACUGUUAUGACCUAUCUCUAUCAAAUUAGGGCACAUUUCAGUGGGCAAGAAUUAAAUGUUGUUCAAAUAGAAGAAAACAGCAGUAAAAGCACAUAUAAAGUUGGAAACUAUGAAACAGAUACAAAUAGUUCUGUUGAUCAGGAAAAAUUCUAUGCAGAGCUUAGUGAUCUGAAACGGGAGCCUCAACUGCAGCAGCCUACCAGCGGAGCAGUAGACUUCUUAUCCCAGGACGACUCUGUAUUUGUAAAUGAUAGUGGGGUUGGAGAGUCAGAAAGUGAACACCAGACUCCUGAUGAUCAUCUCAGUCCAAGCACAGCCUCCCCUUACUGUCGCAGGACUAAAAGUGACACAGAACCCCAAAAGUCCCAGCAGAGCUCUGGAAGGACUUCAGGAUCCGAUGACCCUGGAAUAUGUUACAGUACAGAUUCAAACCACGCACAAGUUUUGUUAGGCAAGAAGAGACUAUUGAAAACUGAGACUUUAGAAUUAAGUGACUUAUACAAUAGUGAUAAGAAGAAGGAUGUGUCUCCACCCUUUAUUUGUGAGGAGACCGAUGAGCAAAAGCUUCAGGAUCUAGACAUCAGUAGUAACUUGGAGCAAGAAAAAUUAGAGAAUUCCAGACCCUUAGAAUGCAGAUCAGAUCCUGAAUCACCUGUCAAAAAACCAAGUUUAUCUCCCACUUCUAAACUUGGAUAUUCGUACAAUAGAGAUGCAGACCUUGCCAAGAAAAAACGUACUUCCCUGAGGCAGACAGAGUCUGAUUCAGAUGCUGAUAGGACCACCUUAAAUCAUGGAAAUCAUUCUGCAAAAACAGUCCAGCAUCGAAUGUUAUCCAGACAAGAAGAGCUCAAAGAAAGAGCAAGAGUUCUGCUUGAGCAAGCAAGAAGAGAUGCAGCUUUAAAGGCAGGGAAUAAGCAGAAUACCAACGCAGCCACACUGCUCUGCAACAGGCAGCUAAGUGAUCAGCAAGAUGAAGAGCGACGUCGGCAGCUGAGAGAGAGAGCUCGUCAGCUAAUAGCAGAAGCUCGAUCUGGAGUGAAGAUGUCAGAACUUCCCAGCUAUGGUGAAAUGGCUGCAGAAAAGUUGAAAGAAAGGUCAAAGGCAUCUGGAGAACAAAACACUAAGUUGGUGGACUUGAAGCUGAAGAAACUCCUAGACACUCAGCCACAGGUGGCAAAUUCACCUUCCAGCGCUGCUCACAAAGCUAUAACUGAAAGUUCAGAGCAAGACAUUAAGAAUGGCACAGAAGAUCUCCGGACUGAGCGAUUACAAAAAGCAACAGAACGAUUUAGAAAUCCUGUUGUGUUUAGCAAGGAUUCUACAGUAAGAAAAACUCAACUUCAGUCUUUCAGUCAAUAUGUUGAGAAUAGACCAGAGAUGAAAAGGCAGAGAUCAAUACAGGAAGAUACAAAGAAAGGAAAUGAGGAGAAGGCAGCAAUAACUGAAACUCAGAGGAAGCCAUCAGAAGAUGAAGUGCUUAAUAAAGGGUUCAAAGACACCAGUCAGUAUGUUGUAGGAGAAUUGGCAGCACUAGAGAAUGAGCAAAAGCAAAUUGACACCCGUGCCGCGCUGGUGGAGAAGCGCCUUCGCUAUCUCAUGGACACAGGAAGGAACACAGAAGAAGAAGAAGCUAUGAUGCAGGAGUGGUUUAUGUUAGUUAAUAAGAAAAACGCCUUAAUAAGGAGAAUGAACCAGCUCUCUCUCCUGGAAAAAGAACAUGAUUUAGAACGACGAUAUGAGCUGCUGAAUCGGGAAUUGCGGGCAAUGCUAGCCAUUGAAGACUGGCAGAAGACCGAGGCCCAGAAGCGACGCGAGCAGCUCCUGCUGGAUGAGCUGGUGGCCCUAGUGGACAAGCGCGACGCGCUCGUCAGGGACCUGGACGCGCAGGAGAAGCAGGCCGAAGAAGAAGACGAGCAUUUGGAGCGAACUCUGGAGCAAAACAAAGGCAAGAUGGCCAAGAAAGAAGAGAAAUGUGUUCUUCAAUAGAAGCCAGACCAGAAUCUUGACCAACCUUUUAUUAGUCUUGGGUCCCCAGACCAGAAAAAGUCAUUCUCGUUGUUGAUUUAAAACUUUUAACAUUU